AUGUCCGGUAAGAAAGAACAUUCCAAUCCACAUCUCCCUUUCCCUCUACUAACAUCUCCAUCUUGCUCCCGCAAGCCCCACCAGUAGACUACUACGCAACCCUCGAAAUCCCCUCGACCGCAAACCCCCAACAAAUCCGCGACGCCUACAAAAAGGCCGCCCUGCGCCACCAUCCCGACCGCGUCCCCGCCGACUCCCCCGAACGCACCACCCGCACCAAGAAAUUCCAACAGAUCAACGACGCGUACUACACCCUCUCCGACGCGACGCGAAAGCGGGACUACGACGUCACGAGGAAUUCCUUCCAUGGGUUCCCGUCGUCACAGGAUGCUCCGGCGCAGGAUGCCGAUGAAGAAGUGCCGCGGCCGGAAGCCAACAGCGCUGGUGGGGGUGGGGGCUUCCCCUGGAGCGCGUUCGGGUUCGGCGGCGCGGCCAAGAAUGAGGAAGAUGCGAAUCGCUAUUCGAAUGAGCAGUUUGGGAGUGUGUUUGAGGAGAUGAUGCGUGAGGAGGGGAUGGCGGAUGAGGGGAAUCGGCCUACGAAAGUGUUCUGGUCCCUUGUGGGAGCCGCGAGCGGAGGCGCCAUGGGUUUCAUCGUCGCGAAUUUCCCGGGAGCGGUGGCGGGCGCUGUGGCAGGGAAUCGUCUGGGAGCGAUAAGGGACAAGAGGGGAAAGAGCGUGUAUAGCGUUUACCAGGAACUGGAACAGCCGGAGAAGAUGCGGUUGUUGUCGGAGUUGGCGCAGAAGGUCUUUGCGCAUGCGAUUAGUUGA